AGUGUUGAUUCUAAAUCCAUCUUGAAAGAGCAGAGGCACAGAAAUACUGAGAAAUUCUCUACCUGCUGGAAGAUACUUUUUUUUUUUUUUUUCAGUCUUGCCCAUAAGUUGAAAUAUGCAGUGUUGCUGUGUUUGGAAAGCAGAUGUUGAUGUGUUAUCAUAAACCAGAUGGGCUUUGAUGAGCUGGUGACUCUCCUGUGAUGACCUUGGAAGCAUCCCACAGGGUGUUACUUGGGCUUCCCCCUUCCAUUGUGUGCCUGUGUUCCUUUGUGGGUAUGCAUAGGAGCUUUUAUCAUUAACCCAAGUAUAAAAGAUGAAUGCUGGGAGCCCUGGUGCUUGGUGAGAGCUCCCAUGUAGUUUCCUUUUGUCCCCUCAGCUUAUUGUGGCAGAUGUGUGUGCCUUGAAGCAGCUGAGACUGUUGAGGAAGAAAUGUGAAACAAAACACCAGAAGUUGGGGUGGAGGUAAGGAGAGUGAGAGGAUAAAGAAGAGCUUGAUGCCUGAAAAAUCUGCUAAUCCAUUGUGGUGCUUCCAGCUUUCUCCUGUCACUUCUGGAAGCAGGAUUGCUGUGGGGGAUCAUGUCCUCUCCAGGUGCUAGAAUUAUCAUGCUGCAGUCAGCAAGUACAAGAGCAUAGUCACAGCUUUUGUGUAACUGUCCCAAGCAUUGCUCUUCCAUGUCCUGCCAGAAACUUGCUGUUUCCUGAUACCACAGUACUUGCAUCUGAGACAAACCAGCAGAUCACCAAUCCAGAGUGAAAUUUCUGAGCAAAUCACUCUGUGCAUACUGUGUUUUCAAGCCUGUGUGUUGUACUUUGAAUGUGGUAAGUUGUAGUAGAUUGGAAUGUGUGGGAAAUAGAAGAGGUGCAAGACUUUAGAAAACUGUGGGAAAGCAAAUCUUAGAGUGAAGAAAUGCAAGAAAACAUUUUUUCUCUUCAACUUCUUUGGCUUUGAAUUCUGUGCUCUAGAUUUGGUUUUCCUAUGAGUUUUAUUCCCAUCCUGUGGGCAAAGCUUCUGUGAGGAUUUUUUUUUAUCAUGCAUGAAAGAAAUAGCUCCCUUUCCAUGUGACUGUGAUCAAAGUUAUCUUGUCCUGAUUAGGGAAAAGUCAUCCUCCAGCACAGGCUGAGUACAAUGUGUACAAACACCUGCAUCCCUAGCUGAUAGGAAGGGCUUGCUCAAGCAUUUUUCACCAAAGGGGAAAGUGUACAAAAGUAUAAUGCAUUUUAAAUCAGUUUAAUGUCAAGUGGGAUCAAACCCACAGAAAGCAAUUGGCUUAAGUACAGGAUUACUGCAGAAUAUCACAGUCACCUUGACAUGCUGGUGCCUUAAAAUGAAUUUUUCCUCCUUCACUCCUGAAUUUCUUCUCAUUUUAACCCUGAAUGUAUACUUGGAUUUGUGGGUAACAGCACUGUCUCUGAAGUCACUUUGUUCCUAUGGUUAAUUGCUGCCUUAACUUGAUUGUAUUUUAUGACCCCUGUUCAGUCUUUUAUGAAAUCACACCCAAGUUUGGUGAUUUUCAAAAGCUGAGAAAAAUGGUAGUUAGGAACUGAAAAUUGUUCACUUGUGUCUUGUAAAGAUUAUCAAUUUCUGUGUAUAGGUAUCACAGCUCAUGUUUUUAUUAUUCAUAUUUUUGGGUGAAGGAUUUCUCAGCCAAUUUAACCUAAAAUGUGGAGAUUAGAUUUGUGAGUGCCUCUAGGGGCAGGAGAAAUGUCCAGAGGGGAGGGUUCAGCCCAGUGACAUAUGGAAUACCGAAGAGGCAGCCUGGAGGGUGUCUCUCUGCCAAGUGGCAAACUUCAGAGAGAAAGGAAGAGGAAAUGUAAGCAAACCUCAGGGAAUGUUGAGCUCUGGGACUGGCGAUGAAUAAAACAGAGAAGAUGAAUGAACCAUGCUACAAAAAAGUCCAGGAUUUCUAUACAUCUGACCUCAAGAAACCUCUGCUGAAGGAAGUGAAUGCUUGGCCACAGGCUGCAAAGAGCAGCAGCAGCUCCGGAGUUCCUUUUCCUUGCCCACAUGUGUGUGGUUGCCUCUCCUUGUUGUGCCUGACAGGCACUCUGCUGGGACAUCCUCAGUGUUUGGAUUAUGGGCCACCCUUCCAGCCCCCUUUGCCUUUGGAAUUCUGCUCUGCCUAUGAAAACUUUGGCUGCUGUGACCAGGAGAGAGACAAAGCAGCAAAAUACUGGGACAUCAUGGAUUACAUGGAUCCCCAGGGGUAUAAACUGUGUGGAAUGUACAUCAAAUAUAUCCUGUGUCAGGUUUCUGUGUGUUUGACAGAUGAUAUUCUGCCAAUGUUUGCAUAUGGCCGCAGUGUGGGCAAGUCAGCUACUGGAGGCUUUGUCUGCAGGGGAUGUGAAUCACCCAGCUUGAAUGGCCUUUAUAUUUUUGGUGAUUUCAUGAGUGGUCGACUUAUAGCUUUACAGGAGGAUGAGAAGACAAAUAAGUGGAAGAAGCAGGAUAUCUGCAUUGGCAGCACAACACCUUGUGCUUCCCCUGGAAUGAUCAGUUCCUGCAGCAAAUUCAUCAUCUCGUUUGCUGAGGAUGAAGCAGGGGAACUAUAUUUUAUGUCUAUUUGUUAUCCCAGUGCCUAUGCACCACAUGGAUCACACUACAAGCUCAUUGAUGCUGCAAGGUUUGUAAUUAAAGAUGGAUUUCCAGGCCAAAUUCUUCUGGCCACUGUCAUGUGCCUGAUGGCAACUCAGACUUCCCGAGGAACCUGCCAGAUGUCUGCAUCUGGCUUUGUUUUCCAAGGAGGGAAGUGUCAAUACAAGCCUAUUCCAGUGAAAACGAGCAAGUGGAUACCCUUUGUUCCACAUGCAAAGACUGUCCUUGAGCUGCUAAAUGAAGCUUCAGCAACCAUGCCUCCAAAAACAUCUUCUACCCUCACUGCAGCCACCCCAAUAGUUUUUCCUAAGAAAGCAAAGACCUCAUCCACCAAAAUAAAAGCAUCAACUGCAAAAUCAGCUCCAUCUGGUAAAGAGAGACAGAGUCAAAGCUGAGGGAAAAAAGAAGAAUAAUCUUUUCCUCAAAAGGAAAAGAAGAUUUGACACAACUCCAAAACUGCACUAGCACCACCUGUACCAAAAAAGAAGUGCUCCCACCUAGCCACAACCAAGGAGGUUCUUCCAAAGAAAGCCACAUCAGCUAAGGGAAAAUUAGAAAAGAGGAGGAAGAGGCAGCUUUUGAAGCUGCUUCAGUGAUGUCCCAGAAAAAGCAAGUAGUCUAUAAAAUGGUGAAACAAAAGUGUUGAAUAAUGACCAAAUAGAAGAGAUUUUGGGAAACUUGUUAUGGAGUG